AUGUUGAGGUGUGUGCUGCGAUUGGCACUUGACCAAACCCUAUUGACGCAAUCAUGUCGGCAUUUGAAGUCCGGGGGUUCAUCCGUGGGACUCGGAAAGAAGGGAAAGCCAGGCAAAACAGCCGGUGUGAUGCAGAAGCGAGAGAUGCCAGUUGAGAGUGAUCCGAAGAAGCUGGCGACUUAUUGUUGCGGUACGAAUGUUUUCAAAGAAGGUGAAGAUGUGAUGUUGAAGCCUCGUGCCGAAUACCCGGAUUGGCUGUGGAAAAUUCCAACAGGGCCACCGCCAAAGUUGGAGGAUCUUGACCCGAAUACUCUCGAGUAUUGGGAACUUUUGAAAGCCAGAGAUCGUCGGCGGAAGAACAAGAUCAUCAAAGUGACGCGUUUGAAAAACCCGUGAAAACGCGUUGCGGAAUUUUUUAGUCAUGCUUGAUUGUUGUUGGUUUACAUGGUGCAUGUUUCCUUCUGAUGUCUAUUUAUUUCAAUGGGUUUUUUCUUCGAAAGGUACCCUUUUUCUAUCGAAUUCGACACUCGAGAUAGAAAAACGGUGUUGGCAACGUAGUUCAUUUCAGAAGAAAUUACAAGCUUUCUUAUGAAACAAAAUAUCGUGAGAAAUCAGUUUGAUCAAACAUUCAACCAGCAUUAAUUUCCUUCGCCAUCCUUCUCCAUAAUGAGUUGCUUUAGCAUUUUGGACUUCUUUGGUGAACUGUGCGGUGGGAUUCAUCCACGUAAUUCCUCAACGUAUUGAACUCAAUUUUGGAUUUAAUGACCAGCUGUCAUUAUCUGAAUGUUGGGACUUCAACCAACGAAGAUAGAUUUUGCUUAUUGAGGCUCUUCAAGGCACAACUUAGGUGUCGUGAUGUUUUGGUCAUUUGUCUUUCGUAUACGUGAAUCUCCAUCAAGUGGUACUUCGAGGAAACAAAUUCUUGCUUAUCUGGUGAUAUGAGGAUUUUUUUGUUUCACUAAUUAUUGUUUCAAGAUUCGAUAUUUUUAAAACUGUCUGGC